GUCCAAGCUCGACUCAUUCCCCACCUCAUCUAAGGCUGAGAUCAUAGCUUUGUAACAGAAAACCACUUCAGCCUCAGCACAGCAAAGAACCACCUAGCCCAGAAGCCACCGGGGAGGCAACUCUCAUCUCUACCAUGGAGUACCUCUCAGCCCUCAAACCCAGCGACCUGCUCAGGUCAGUAUCUAAUAUAAGCUCCGAGUUUGGACGUAGGGUCUGGACCUCAGCUCCACCACCCCAGCGACCUUUCCGUGUCUGUGAUCACAAGCGGACCACCAGGAAAGGUCUGACAGCUGCAACCCGCCAGGAACUGCUAGACAAGGCACUGGAGAUCUUGCUGCUGAGUGGAGUGCUAACCCUGGUGCUAGAGGAGGAUGGGACUACAGUGGAGAGUGAGGACUUCUUCCAGCUGUUGGAGGAUGAUACAUGCCUGAUGGUGCUAGAGUGUGGGCAGAGCUGGAGCCCUACCAGGAGUGGAAUGCUGUCCUAUGGCCUGGGCCGUGAGAAGCCCAAGCAUAGCAAGGACAUAGCCCGCAUCACCUUUGAUGUAUACAAGCAAAACCCUCGAGACCUCUUUGGCAGCCUGAACGUCAAAGCCACAUUCUACGGGCUAUACUCCAUGAGUUGUGAUUUUCAAGGACUUGGCCCCAAAAAAGUACUCAGGGAGCUCCUUCGCUGGAUCUCCACACUGCUGCAAGGCCUGGGCCAUAUGCUGCUGGGAAUUUCUUCCACUCUUCGCCACAUAGUGGAGGGAGCUGAGCAGUGGCAGCGGCAGGGUCGCCUCCAUUCCUACUGAGAAAAGGCUCUGCACUUCUGCCCCCAGACUCGUUUCAAGAGGCACACUGUGAGGACUGUGACAGCAUCAGGUGUCAGGAUCUGUAGACAGUGCAGGCCAGAAAACUCAAUUUCCCCACGAUCCUCUGACCCCAUCAUGACAGAACUUAUCACCAUAAUGCUUUAUACCCCAAGCCUAUAUCCUUACUUGAAGAAUGUUGUCCCUUCCUACCCACAUUUCCAGCCUUUCAUUUAGCCUGAAAGGCCAUAAGCCUGUCCCCAGGCAUCUUAAUCCAAACCCGAAUGCUGCUAUACCUAGAUCCCUUACCAACUCCUUCUGUACCUAAGCUCCCCAACACAUUGAUGGACAGAUCCUCUCUAUCCUUACCUUGGAAUCUCUGUUUCUGGAUCUUUCCCCCCUAAAAUAAAAACAUUUCAAUAAAAAUAUAAAAAUGUUUACCAAUAA